CGACGAAACCAAACGGACCCGGAGUCAGUCUGAGUCCUCACUCCGCCGGAAAGUUCCGGAGACGAACGGGGUCGCGGCAGACCAGAGUCCGGGAGGGUCCGACUGGAUCUAAAGACCGCAGCGACGCACGGAUUCGAGUUUAUUUUAAACUCGGGCGGAAGCACUCGGGUUGACUCGGCUUUGUUCGCUUCGGCUCCGGAUAUACAUACAACAACAAACAAAAUGUUUCAUUUUUAGUUUUUAUGAGAAUAUAUAUAUUUUUUUUAAAAACGGUUUCGUAUUUUUUUUUUUUUAUUCUUCAGUUUUUCACGAUCAGUUUCAUCUCAUUCAGACUGAAGAAGAAGAAACUGAACAGCUGACUGACGACACGUUGCGCAACCGAGACAAUAAUAAUACAACGAGACAAAGACGUCAUCCCCGGAGUCCAGUGCUCCCAGUAUCAGAGCUGCUGGUUCCAGUCGAGGGGAAAUCUUUUGUGUUUUUUUUGGUAUGUCUUCGACAACUUCUGGUCCAGACAGAUAGACCAUCCGCUCCAGUCUACUGGGUUUCUACUGGUUUCCUGUUGACCUGCAGUCCGAACCAGUCCGUCUGUCUGAAGAGCGAAAGAUGAGCAUGGGCAUGACCGCAGCGCGGUCUCAGCUGUGUCUGAAGAGGCUAUUGGACGAGCCCCAGGACAUUGUGAAAUGUAAAGUAGCUCGCCUGGAGUCGAACCCUCCCACAACCGGCCUGUCCCACUGCCUCAGGCCCAGAAGCCCCGCCCCCAGGUCCAACGAGGGCCAAUCCCCAUCCAGAGUCGGAUCGUACUUCCUGUUCGGACGCUGCGAGGGGGAAAAGAGUUACAGGGCCGAGCACGCACAAACAAAGGAGCAAUACACCUGCCAGGUACUUCCUCUAUGUGGUUACCAAGAGCGGUUGGCUGCCUAUGCUCGCAUCGGUCACCACGACAACGUCUGCGGCCUGCUGGACGUGGUGAUUGGCCAGGACAGCGUGUACGUCUUCCUGCCCGGUCACCACGGCGACAUGCAUGCGUACGUGCGGACCAGGAAGCGUCUUGCCGAGGAGGAGGCGGGGCUUCUGUUCGCCCAGAUGCUGAAUGCUGUGAUGCACUGCCAUCGCCAUGGAGUCGUCCUGCGAGACCUGAAGCUCCGCAGGUUCGUCUUCAUCGACAAAUACAGGACGCGUCUCGCUCUGCUCGGCUUGGACGACUCCGUCCUCCUGCACGGUGACCAUGACGACGAUUCCCUGACGGACAGACACGGCUGCCCCGCCUACGUCAGCCCCGAGCUGCUGACCAACGGGACCCGGUCUUACUCGGGCCGCGCCGCAGACAUCUGGAGCCUGGGCGUGUCUCUGUACACCAUGCUGAUUGGACGAUACCCGUUUCAGGACACGCAGCCCGCCGCGCUGUUCGCCAAGAUCCGCCGCGGCUCCUUCAGCGUGCCGCAUUGGCUGUCGCCGCAAGCCAAGUGUCUGAUCGGCUGCAUGCUGAGGAAGUCGCCCACGGAGAGACUGACGGCGUCGGAGCUGCUGAUGCACCCGUGGCUGAGCGGCCCGCGCGCUGCGCACCACAACACGAACAAGACGCACCACAGCGCGCACAAAACACUACCGAGUCCACGAGGAGACGACGAGCAGGUGGUGCCGACCUGGACCGAGAAACACUAAACACACGUUUGUACCUCUAUACUUGUGAGGACCCAGCUUGAUGCAUUUCAUCCCUUCAGCCCCCUCACUAAACGUCACCUCAACCUGACUUUAACUUUCACCCGAAAACAAAGUUUCCCCUUUGAACGACCUUCAUCCAAAAUGCCCCUCAGUGUUGAUACGGUUACUUAAUACUUACAAAUGUUCUUCCACAACGAUGACGAGACGCCAUUAAACACUUACUGUGACUAUACAUCAACAUGCAAUAUUGUUGAUGAAGAUUUUGCUGACCCCACCCCCCAAAAAGACUGAAUUUUAUAGACAUUUUCUUUUUCAAUGCAGUAAAACUUUACAAACAAUGACAACAACUCUGCUUUGGAGAAAGAAAUAAGACAUUUUGGCUGGACUGAAACGUUCAGUAGAUCUAAAGAAAAAAAACAACAUUAAAAUGUCAAGUUUUCAUGAACAGAUACAACUAAAACGCCCAAACUUAAUCAACUAAAACUUGACUGAAAUAAACAGGAUGAGGUUGACUAAAUAGCUGACCAAAUGAACACAAGUCCUCACACACACACACACACACACAGAGAGAGACUGAUCCUGGAUUACUUGACCGGACCAUCAGGUGCCUUCCUCUCGCUGCGUCUCAAUUCAAGCUCCGACAAAUUCACAACAGAGUCACCAGUUCCACCAGAACCCGACGCAAACCCAGUUCCCCUUCAACACAGUUACAUCCCAGCGUUAAACUACAGACUCAUUAUUAAACAUCCUGCAGUGGAGAUUUGAUUGGACCACUUCAACACCAGCAAAAGACUGAACAUACCGGUGGACUUUGAAGGAGGCGGAGCACAAAAUGGGACACGGCUCCUUCAUGUCAGCGUUUACACUUCCUGGCUGCUCCCUAGUAUUAUAAGAGGAGGAUCGGUCAGUGUUGAAAAGUGAUCGCUACACAUAUUUGUCAUGUCCUUCCAUCUCAGGAUCAUCACUUCAUUCAAUAAUUCGUUUUUUUUCUGGUGCUCAUGAAAACCAUUAUGCAGAAGAAAAAAAUGACCUGGUUUUCAAAUAUGUUCAUCAAGGCAAUAAUAAUAAUAAUGACUCUGGAUCAACCUUUGUGAUCCUAAAAAAAAAAGAAUUCUGAUAUUUCUGAGAAACAUUGUAAUUAAAUCUCAGUAGAAAAGGACCUGAAAUAAGCACCGUUGUGUUGAAUCGUAAUAAGAAAAGAAUGAAGCGUUAAUCUCGAGUUUCUUUUGACCGACCGAUCCGACCUGCCAAUAGGAUGCCUUCUUAUGAACGUGUCACUCAGACCUCAGUUACAGCUGGAGAAUAAAUAAAAGAUGUUUCACAAAC